AUGGGGACUCCCACAAAAACAAAGUUUCUAAAAACUUCGAUCCUACUUGUGUCGGGAGCCGAUCCUCCAAUUCCCCGAUUUUUUUUUAUUCACAUAGAUGGAGCAUGCAAGGACAACGGAAACGCUGGGUCCACUGCUGGGGUCGGAGUUUGGUUUGGUAAAAAUAAUCCCUUAAAUGUGUCACAGCUUGCAACAGGAAGGCAAACUAAUAAUUCUGCGGAAAUUGAAGCAGCCACAAUUGCAGCCACCAAAGCUAAUGAAGCUGGACACAAAUAUUUGAAGAUAUUCACUGAUUCACAAUUCUUGAUCGACAGUAUGACCAAGUGGUUACCACGGUGGAAGGAAAACGACAGGAGAACAUCAGCUAACAAACCAGUACUAAAUCGAGUCGAAUUCGAAAAAUUGGAAGAAGCAUUGUCACCUCCCGAUGUUGUUUUUGAACAUGUCCCUAGUCAUCAAGGGAUCGAAGGGAAUGAAGAGGCAGACAAAUUAGCUGUACAAGCAAUCGAAAAUCAACAAAGAAUACCUCCGGACACAGAAACCCAGAAUUAUGACCAAAAUAUUUCUUUUGAGGUUAUAGAAAUCCCUCGUAAUAUAACUUCAAGCGAAGAAAGUACUCAUGAAAGUGAUAUAACGGAAAAUGAAGACGAGAUCAUGCGAAGGGAAGUUGAACAAUUGGUAAAAAAAUUCAAUGAAUCAAUGGCAGAAAAAGAGUCUACUAAUCAGAAUAUCACCAACCGAACCUUAGCAUGGGAUCACGAAUGA